UUGGUCUAUUUCUUUUACAGCAGAUUAAUGAGGUGUUUUGGAAAACAGCCAAUAACGCCCUUAUCUUCAGAGCCGCUCUCCUUAUCUCUCUGGAUGUCCGAGUCUUUGACAUAUAUGGCUGCAGCCGUCAAACCACCGCUUGACGCUUCUUUCCCAAAAUAAUCCUGGAGCAGCUGCGCCCUGCGCGGCGCGGCGCUCCUCAGCCGCGGCUUUGUCCGUCGCCGCACCAACAAAUCCGGCGCAAAAAAAAUGACCAAAUUCAACUAUUCCGACUAUUUAUCUCAGUUCCGUAAUGCGGGGCGUAAAUGUGGAGAUGAUCUGUCGCGACUGGGGGAAGAUACCAGGAGAGGAGGAUCACCAGAGCCUCCAGAGGAUGCUGACCCUGUGGUUUCUGCCAUCAGGAGUGGAGAUGUGGAAACACUCAAUGAUCUGGCAGCAUCUUCCUCCAGCAGCCUGCUGAAAGAAAACAAAGACGGAUGGCUACCUUUGCACGCUGCUGCCUAUUCUGGGCAGACUGAAUGUCUGAAGACCCUGUUGAAAGUUCAUCCGGGUUCAGUGGACAAGCGGACCCUGCAGGAGCAGACAGCUCUGCUGCUGGCUGUGUCGUAUCAACAGUUGUCCUGCGUGCUUUGCCUUCUGGAGUCAGGCGCUGACCGCGACAUCUGCAACAGUAACAAAGAAACCCCUUUGUAUAAAGCUUGUGAACUGGAAAAUGUGGACAUGGUAAACCUUAUUCUGUUGUACAACGCCACGGUGAACCAGCGGUGCGGCCAGGGCUGGACGGCCCUUCAUGAGGCUGUUUCCAGGGACAACACAGAGAUCUGCGAGUUACUAAUCCGAGCAGGAGCCAUGAUCAAUCCAGCAAACACCUACAGCGUCACACCGCUUAUUGUAGCAGCUCAGCGAGGACUGAUGAAGGCGCUGUGUUACCUCAUUGAGAAAGGUGCAGACGUGAACAUGCAGACAUGUGAAGGUGUUACAGCUCUGCAUGAAGCCAGCAAGAAUGGACACCAGGAUAUUGUUGCUUUUCUUCUCACUAAAAACGCAGAUGCAAACAAACCUGAUAACUCCGGACUGCUGCCUCUGCAUUUUGCUGCACAGUAUGGACACCAUCAGAUCGUUUCCAUGCUGGUGUCAGUCACCGGCCGAGCCAAGCUCCGGCACAGCUGGAUCAGCCCCCUUCACCUGGCAGCACAGCACGACAGGCACUCUGCAGCCACUGUGCUGCUGAAAGCAGGUGCAGACGUGAACGCCACUCUGGCAUGCAGUCACUCCCUCCAGUACGCUGACAGACGCGCCACAGCUCUCUACUUUGCUGUUGCCAAUGGCAGCAGGAGGACAGCAGAGGUGUUGCUGAACGCCGGUGCAAGCCUAAGCCUGGACCCAGUCAGUCCCCUACUGAUGGCGGCACGUCACGGCUGUGUCAGCACCGUUUCCUUGCUUCUGGAGCGAGGGGCUGAUCUGAACGCCAGACUCCCAUCAUUUGCUACUACAUUCCCAGCUGUUAUUGCACUUUGUAGGAAUAAUCUACCUCUACUGAAGUGCCUUUUAAACCAUGGCUGUGAUGCCUUCUCCUGUUUCACCUGCACAUACGGCGCUGCCUCACACCCUUCUUCAAGAGGAUCAAACAUAAGAACUGCUGGCAACCAUAGAUAUGAUUGCAUAUUGCCUUUAAACUGUGAUGAAAGAACAGAAAGGACAAUUCAGUUCUGUGAGUGGAUCUCAACACCUUUAAUGCGUAAAUGGGCAGGACCCAUCAUAGACAUGCUACUGGACCAUGUUGGUCAUGUUCAGCUGUGCAGCAGGAUCACUGAGCUCCUGGACAGCAGAGAAGAAUGGCACGCCAUCAAGAGGAAGUCAUUGUCGCCUCGUCCACUGCAGCACCUUUGCAGAUUAAGGAUUUGGACUCAGAUUGGGAGAGACAGAAGGAGAUCUAUUACAAGUUUACAUCUGCCAAGCAGACUGAAAACAUAUCUGAGUCAUGAUGACUGAGUAGAUAAACUCAGCUUUUUGUGUCUGUGUGCAUGACUAUAUUUAUCAUCCUGUUUCUUUUUUUAGUUAUAUUUCCUAUCUAAAAUCUGUAACAGCCCUCUAGUGUAUAAAUAUCUAUUUAUAAUUUAAUUGAUGUGACAGCAAGGCUCUUUAAUCAGUUUGUUAUUUUUAAGAACCCUUCAGGGAUGGCUAGAAAAAGUGUCAAUGGGAAUUCUUUAGGGAAUUUAAGUCUUUUAUUUAAAAAUAAAUCAUUACAAACAUUA